AUGGCGCCCAUCCCGGAGGGCGUCCAGCGACCUCAGAUGCGCCGCAAGUCCUCCGCCCAAAAUCUCCUCACGAGCUUCAAGUCCUCUUCGUCGACUGUGAGCUCUGGCGGGGCGCCACCAUCGUCGUUUCCCGGGAGCGCGGUCACGGUCGCCAGCAGCAUGCCGUACUCAAACGGAGCGGUGCCCACGCCGACGACGGCCACGAUGUCGCGCGAGUGGGACGUCCAGAGCCUGCAGAGCGAAGGGUCCGCGCAGGCGAAUGCGCCCGGCACGUCGGUCGAGUUCCUGCGGGAGCUGGUGAAGAAGAGGAUCAUCACGUUGACGUACUUGCGGAACGUGCACGAAGGACGGAGCCAUUGGUUUCACACCAUCAUGAUCACCCGGACCGAGCUCGACAGAGCGUUUAGCAAUGUGGCCAUGAAACAGAGAACAUAUCGAUUCGCAGUCCUUGGCAUGGCGUUGGCGAACCAGUUUGACAUGAAGGAGCCGCAAGACCUGCUUCGUGGGCUGUCAAGCGUGUUGUCAGAGUACGACAUGCUGAAGGAGGACGGCGACAAGCCACGACUACGAUUAUUCAAAGGCCGCGGGUCAAAACGUCCUGCCGGCGCAGACUAUGCACUAUCGUACCCCGACUCGACCGAAACAUAUAUGACCCUCCCCCACAUUCCUUUCCCAUUAGACUACCAUCAAACCCUCCUUUCGCUCCUCGACGUCUUGUCGGAACUGUACAACAAGAUAUCCAAAAUUCUCGGCCCCUCACCCUUCUCGAAUGCCGGUCACAGCAUGAUGGGCCCUCUGGGUCUGCUAUCACCACAUCCGGGUGUCUCGUACCUCUUCUCGGGCGCCGAGUCUGCGAACAACGACGGUGAUAGCAGUCUCUGGGGCAUCGCACACGCCACGAUGCUCGGUUCUGGCAGUGGCCUGAACUCACUCUAUGGCGGUGGACCAGGAAGCCCGCCCCCGAGCUGGACGUCUACCCUGGGAGACACCGUACGGCAAAUCGACCAUAGGCUCAAGAAGCUGAUCGCGAUGUUGCUCAAGGAGCUGGACGACUGCGCGCGGGCGGGGAUCAAGGACGAGUUGGCAUCACUCGACCCGCUCCUACGACACGUCGCGGGCGCCGGAGAUGAACACAGAGACACGUUCGAGUUCGAUUGA